AUGAUGCUUAGGUAUCUGUGUUCAUGGCAACGUGCUAUAUACUGCAUCUCGCUGGAGCAGAUCAAGAACGAGACCGUUGAUCUCGAGAACAUUCCGGUCGAGGAAGUCUUCGAGCAGCUGAAAUGCAGCAGGGAGGGGCUCACCUCCGCCGAGGGAGAGCAGCGUCUCCAAAUCUUUGGCCCCAACAAGCUCGAAGAGAAGAAGGAGUGCAAGCUGCUCAAAUUCUUGGGGUUCAUGUGGAACCCGCUCUCUUGGGUCAUGGAGAUUACCAUAUCACUUCUUUCAUGUAUAUACAUUACAAAUUACUGUAAAGACUUCUUUCCAUGUUGGGACUUUCAUAUAUUGGAUAAUAUUUAGUGAAUUAUUGAUGCA